CACACGAUACUCGUCCUGCACACACCACACACAGCUCUAGUUUAAACACACAUCAAUUACACCAUUUCGCACCUCAAACAAAUAAGAAGACCUACUAUUGCGAUAUGUGUAGUCAGCAGUUUACAUCUAAACUUACUUUAAUCCGACAUAUCGGAACACAUAAACUGCUGGAACCUUAUUCAUGCGAAGUUUGUAAAGAAACAUUUGCAGAUAGAUUAAUAUUGGAUAAGCAUUUAAGAUUUCACUCUGCAGAGAGACCGCACGUGUGUGACGUAUGCAACAAGCGAUUCGCAACAAGAGCCACUUUAAAUCAACAUAGAAAAAUUCACACUCUAGGGAAACUAUACAAAUGUAAAGAAUGUAACAAGCAAUUUACAAGAAAAGAUAAUUUAGAGACCCACAAAAGACUCCAUAGUGACGUGAAACCAUACAAAUGUAAAGAAUGUAACAAGCAACUUACAUCAAAAGCUCAUUUAAAGAUCCACGAAAGAGUCCAUACUGGAGAGAAACCAUACAAAUGCAAAGAAUGUAACAAGCAAUUUACACAAAAAUGGCAUUUACAGACCCACGAAAGAGUCCAUAGUGGCGUGAAACCAUACAAAUGUAAAGAAUGUAACAAAGAAUUCGCACAAAAAUAUAGUUUAGUUAUCCAUGAAAGAAUCCAUAGUGGAAUAAAACCAUACAAAUGUAAAGAUUGUAACAAGCGAUACACAUUAAGAGUUUCUUUAGUUUACCAUGAAAAAACCCAUAGUGGCGUGAAACCAUACAAAUGUAAAGAAUGUAACAAGCAAUUUACACAAAAAGCUCAUUUAAAGACCCACGAAAGAGUCCAUACUGGAGAGAAACCAUACAAAUGCAAAGAAUGUAACAAGCAAUUUACACAAAAAACUAAUUUAAAGAUCCACGAAAGAGUCCAUAGUGGCGUGAAACCAUACAAAUGUAAAGAAUGUAACAAGCAAUUCCAAGGAAGAGAUGGUUUAAAGUACCACGAAAGAGUCCAUAGUGGCGUGAAACCAUACAAAUGUAAAGAAUGUAGCAAAGAAUACAUACGCAAACAUUCUUUAGUUAUCCAUGAAAGAAUCCAUAGUGGAAUAAAACCAUUCAAAUGUGAAGAAUGUAACAAGCAAUUUACACUAAAAGCUCGUUUAAAGAUCCACGAAAGAGUCCAUACUGGAGAGAAACCAUACAAAUGCAAAGAAUGUAACAAGCAAUUUACACAAAAAUGCCAUUUACAGACCCACGAAAGAGUCCAUAGUGGCGUGAAACCAUACAAAUGUAAAGAAUGUAACAAGCAAUUCCAAGGAAGAUAUGGUUUAAAGUACCACGAAAGUGUCCAUAGUGGCGUGAAACCAUACAAAUGUAAAGAAUGUAACAUACAAUUUAUACUAAAAAAUGCUUUAGUUAUCCAUGAAAGAAUCCAUAGUGGAAUAAAACCAUUCAAAUGUAUAGAAUGCAACAAGCAAUUUAGAAGAAAAGAUUAUUUAAAGAUUCACAAAAGAGUCCAUAGUGGCGUGAAAUGUAAUGAACGUAACCAGCAAUUAAGUCAAGAAGAUAGCUUAGAGACUCAUAAAAUAAGUCACAUCGGAGAGAAGCCGUAUAGAUGUGAAGAAUGUAACAACCAGUUUACAUUAAGAUCUGAAUUAGAGAGACAUAAAAAAAUACACACCGAUGAACAAUCAUACGAAUGCGAAAUAUGUGAAACACUUUUUUUCGAUGAAAUAAGUUUAAUGAAACAUAUUGGAACACAUAUAUCCAGGAUACCAUAACUUUGUUGUUUCGUAAAAUGGUUUAUAAUAGCUCAGUUCAAUGUGGUUGUUUCAUCGACAGAGACGCAGGUAUACAUAAUGUUUUAUUCGGAUUCAGUCAACAGAAUUUCACUUCACUGCUAUUCACUUCACCAUAUUGCUAGAUACAUUUUCACAGACAAAAUAUCGUAUAGUCAACCGGGUGAAGCUAUGUAUAAUCUUACCUGUGAACCACAUUUGUAUAUAUAACUGUUUAUAAUAUUUCAUAUCGAAUUGAAAAGUAAUGGUGUCGAAUUGAAGGAGUAAAACGCGGGGGUCUGAGCAUACUGGGGGCCGAUUUUUGAACACUUGAAAAUCGGUGGAAAACAGCGAAAUGCUACUUUUUGAAAUACGAGUGAUAGAAAUUGGGAAUCGAGUGGUAUUGACCAGCUACUAAGUGUAGAUGUAGAGAUAUUUCCACGGCGGCGGCCGGAUCACAAUGGCGGACGCUUUCUUUUUAUGUUCCAAGGAUUCUUACAAAGGCUACGAGCCUUGUCCGGCGAUGGGACUCCUUUAGUUGAUCUACACAAUGCCCAUAAAGGAACACUCUUGAAGGGCGCAGGCUCUCCGGGACAGUGUUUGUACAGUCAACCAACUUGAUGCCCAUAGGCCACUAUAAAACCUUGUCUCUGUAACUACUAUAUAAAUGGCAUACAACACUCAAUAAGCACUGGCGUAGAGGAUGAACAAGUGUUUCAUUAUGACAUGGUUCUACAUGUGGUGACCUAGGAAUCAAAUUGGCUGACUGUAGGUGUAUGUAUAUAUGCGGGGUGACACACGUCAUGUCAUUUGAGGGUACUUUAUAUCAAACUAAUGUACACAGUUUAUAUUAUUAUUAAUUAUACCGAGAGAAGCGUCAGUCAUAUUUCAUAUUACUCAUAUUGGUAUUACUGUGUUAUAGUCUUAUUUCAGAUUAGUUUUACUUUGUAAUAUAAAUAUGUUGACUGUAUUGCAAUAAAAAAAACAAUAAUUAUUAAGUAUAUGCACGAUUAUGAACCGUGAAGUAAAUUAGUUGACUAUCAA